AUCCCACGGAGGUUCCUCGCUGGAGGAAGGUCGUAUUCCACGGCGUCACGCUUCCAUCCACGCCUCGAUGGACUCAACCCGGUCCAAACAGCUGCUCAGCCAAUGGAAGAACAAGAACGACAACAGGAAGCUGUCUCUGCAGGUGAUAGACGGUAUCAGGCCAGCCUCCUCUUCGUCUCCUCAGAGGAACAUGGAGCUGCGCUGCUCCUCUGAGCCGUCUGCCAUGGGUCUGGAGGUGGAGCUCCGCGGUGGGACCCACCUGCCUAUAGCCACAGGCCAGGAAGCUGAGCUGCGUGCUGGGGCGCACAUCCCAGUUCAGUACAUGAAACUAGCAGCUAGCUCUGUUCCUAUGGCCAAUCAUAAUCAUCUGUCCCAUAAUGGGAGCACUGCAGUAACUGGUGGGGCAAGAGUAUCUAUCCAGUCCCGGCCUGGAUCCUCUCAGCUAGUUCAUAUCCCAGAGGAGGAAAAUCCCACCAGCAAGGAUCAGGAGAGUGAAUCCGAGGACAGCAUCAUGGACGGGGGUGGGUCAGUGAGAGAAAAGUGGCUGAGAGUGACGGAGAAGACCACCAUCCCUUGCAGGCCUCUCAGUGCUGGAGGACAGCCACGUCUCAUGCAGGUCAUAGCCUUAUCUAAACAACAGGGUCUGCUUCACUCUCCUCGGUCAGAGGACGGUGGCAGCACUGUCAGUUGCACCGGAUCCAUUCGGUACCGGGCCCUGACAGACCAGGAUCCAUCUCCACCCGCUUCCACCACUGGAGCCGUGGGAGGAGGGGGAGGUUUGGAGAGAACUGGGAGUAUCGUUCGUGUUGAAGCCCACCCAGAGUCCAGAUCAAACAAACCAAUAGUGAAACCUCCGAGCACUGAUGGAAGCGGCUCCUGGCGAUGGAGACCACCAGAACAAAGAGCUUCCCUUCGGCAGUCGGCUUUCAACCUCAAUGACCUGAACAGACACACGGACAGCUGCGAUUCGCUGAAGGACGGUGGAUCGGUGGAUGGGAGGAGGAGUGUCAUGGGGACAGAAACAGAGAGCGAUGGGGGUGGGGACGCAGGGGGCAGUGGAAUGGGAGGAGGAGGAGGUGUCUACACCAGCCAUCCACAUGUUGUGCACCCGUUACAUCCCUUACAUCCAAAUAAUCCCAACAACUACCAGCACCUCAGUUUUAAUCCUAACAAUUCCAAUAAUCCCAGUUUUAACAACGCUCACGCUAACUUUAAUCCUCCUUCUAACAACUCGAACAUGCCGUUCACACCCACUGCCACCUUUGCUCCUCCCUUCCACCCCCACCCUCAAGCAGUCACCACUAUCAGGGUUACACCAGUGGAGGCGACAGCUGCCAGCAGUGACGGCGGCUCGGACUGCCAGUCGGUUGCCUCAUCCAGCCGUGAAUCCACCUUGAGAAGGAAGAGCAGCAGCAACAUGGUCCACGUCCAGGAUCGAGGGCCUACCCCUGAAUUCCACAACAACCACCGCCUUUGUGAUGACGGCAACCGCCUUGACAACGAAAGCAGCAACCGCUUUCACGAAAACCUGCGAAGCUUUCAAGAGAACCCCAUUCACCCCAACCACCCCAACAGGCAGCUGCAGGGAGUGUUUGGGCGUCCAAGCCCCACCCCUCCCCCUACUUUACCCCGCCCAAUCCUGACUCACACUCCCCCGCCUACUUUUGGGCUGGCCUAUAAAGAAUAGCAUGUUCAGUGUGAGUUAUCCAUCUAUAACUACAAUUAUAAAAACAAGUAAACCAUUCUAGACCAAUGGGACGUUUCUGGAGAUGAUGUGAACAAUCUGCUUACCACCUGCAGCCAAUAGGACAUGGUAAAAGACAUUCACACGUUCUCAAAUGACCAAUCAGGCUACAGUAGAUGGCCACUUUUGUCCAGCUUAUUAAAUUCAGUUAGCAGUAGGUUAGAGAUCGACUUACGUUCACAGGCCAUAGACGUCGAGUCAUGCCUGCUCCCAGUUUGCUCCUGGCCAACAUACAAGGAGUCGGUUGGACUGAGUUUGAGUCAACAUUUCUUCUUAUUUUACUACAUAUUUACAUAUUUUUAUCACGUAUCGCUACACUUGCUUCGUAGGCACAAAGAUAAGAGGCUUAAAUAAACUGCUGGUCUACGCUGGUAUUAUUACCCUGCCAGUGAGGACAGAUUCACACUAAUGACUCACUUUUCUCUGGCUACAAAGCUCAGCUAAAAUAGGGGUGACAUUUCUACACAUCCACGUUUUUGUCACACACAGGUAACAUCGAACAUCGUAACCACAUGCCCUUAGAUGGAAAUUUGUAUUCAAAGCCUAUAACUGUGAUUGUGUUUGUACAUAAGAGUGUGGGCAGCCACAGGGGAAAUUAAAUCCACGGUCUUAAUUAUGUCUGGACUGCAAAGAGUCCCUUCUGGGUAAUAACAAUAUAUCUUAUUUGAUGGUGGUAUUGUGUUUGUGUUGAAUAAGAACAA